GUGAGAUAAGAUCCAAUGUAGAUACACCGACAUGAAGUAUUUAGUCUAGUAGAGUCUUCCAAAGCUGCACUAUACCAAAGAGUAUACAACGAAACUAUACUAAGCAUUCCAUAUUCAGAUCAGCAUUAUAGCAAUGAGGCUACUGCUGUUGUUAGUUACGUUACUGCAAGCAAUACAAGUUUACUCAGAAGUGGUGAAAGUUUCAAUUUACUAUGAGGCCCUUUGUCCAGACAGCGUCAACUUUAUAAAUAAUCAAUUUUAUCCAGCCUACCAAAAAAUUAACUCGUUACUAACAGUGGAUUUUGUACCUUAUGGGCGUGCAUCGCACACUUGGAAAAAUGGAGAUUGGCAGUUUGAGUGCCAACAUGGACCGGAGGAAUGUCUCGGAAACAAACUUCAUGCUUGCGGUAUACAUGAAAGUCAGGAACAAGCAAAAACCGUGGACUAUGUGAAUUGCCUGAUGAUGGCUUAUCGUUCAUCAGCAACUCACGCAUUGGAUAUGUGUGUUACUUAUCUAAAUCUGACCAGUAAACAAAUUCUCGAUUGCGUUGAGAGUUCCAAAGGGUCAAACCUGUUGGCAAAGUAUGGAAAUGAAACCCGAGCGCUAUAUCCCCUAGACUUUAUCCCUACAAUUAUUUUUGACGGCAAGUUUGACACGUUUGUUCAGAGUUCAUCUUUGCAUAAUUUCCAUGAUGCGGUAAUACAAUAUUUGUCGCAUAGGAAAUCGACAGAUCAAGGUAGUACUGCUAAUAGACAAAGUUCAUAUUUGCUAAGCUGUGUCAUUUUCACGAUGGCAUUAUGUCUUUACUUCUAAAUUGAAAUGUACAUACAUAUGUGUAAGAACAAAACCGCUUUACUUUAUUAUAAUAAUUCUUGAGUAAUAGAAAUAAAAUGGAAA